AUGACGUUACCCAAUAAUAGAAAUCAGAGUCGCGUUAAUAACCAGUCGACUAAACUGGUCAACGUUGGUUGCACUUUGUUAGAUGUACAAGAAAAUGAACAGCUUUUUAAUUGUCUCGGGAAAGGAUGUGUGACUUUGGCUUCUGCCCUUUGCCAGUUAUACCUGGCAGAGUCACCAAAUGUGCACCAAUGGACCAAAAGGUACUGUGGUAUUGUAUGUUUUGUAAAAGAUAGAUCAAAAAGGUCCUACUAUUUCCGCAUAUAUGACCCAAAGAGACAGCAGUUACUAUGGGAACAGGAGAUGUACCAACAGUUGAAAUACAAAAGUCCUCGCAGAUUCUUCCACACAUUUGAAGCUGAUCAUUGCCAAGCAGGCAUAAAUUUUGCUGAUGAAGAAGAGUCAAAGCGGUUUGAACAGGUGAUUGGUGAUAAAAUAACAGAAAGACAGCGAAAGAAGGAAGAGCGACGGAGACAACAGAAUGCUAAUCGUACACAACAUGUCAAUAUGACUCGAGGUGACAUUGGCCUUAACAAAAUCUCUGCUGCACCUCCCCCACCAGAAUGUAAUUUUAUCAGCAAUACAGUCUCGCCUAUGCCCAAAAAGUUCACUACAAAGAAAGAUAAGAAAAACAAGAGUAAGUUGACUAAAGAUGACAUAGGCCUUCCUACAGAUUUCAGACAUGUUGGCCAUGUUGGAUGGGAUCCCCAAAAAGGAUUGGAUAUGGAUAAGGUUGAUGAAGACAUGAAAAAACUGUUUGAAUCUGUUGGUUACACAUCUGGUGAAAAUAUUGACAAAGAUACUGUGGAUUUCAUCUAUGACUUUGUUGAAAAAUAUGGAGGCAUUGACGCUGUUAAGAAAGAGAUGGCUAACCGUGAGAGAAAUGUUACGACACGACCCACAGUCCCUCCCCCAACACCAAGUAGGAUUGGCCAGCCACCACUGCCUCCAGGCCGGCACAUGUCACCAGCACCCCCGCCCCCAUCACGGGCACCACCACCUUCUCGUGUACCUGGAGCACCGCCUCCCCCUCCCCCAACAAACCCACCCAACAGUGCACAUCUACCACCUCGAGCUACCACAGUAGAAAGUGGAGGUGGAGCCCCGCCAGCACCACCUCCUCCUCCCCCACCACCGCCACCCCCAGUGAUGAGCGACGACAAGGAUGACUCUGCAGCAACACAAGGCACUGGUACUGAUGCCCGAUCAGCCCUCCUUGAUCAAAUUCACCGAGGGACCCAAUUGAAGAAAGUGACUGUAACAGAGAACCGACCCCCUGUCGAGGAUAAGAGAGACAAUUUGCUAAGUGAGAUCAGAAAUGUGGGCCAGAAAAAUUUGAAAAAAGUUGAUGCCAGCCAGUCAGCUCGGCCUACCUCAGCUGGAGAAGAUGGAAUUGUUGGUGCUCUUGCUCAAGCUUUGGCAAACAGAAUGAAAAGCAUGCAAGGAUCAGAUGGAGAAAGUGAUGAAGAGAGCAGUGAUGAUGACAAUACAGAUGAUGAUGACUGGGAUGACUGA